AUGGCUAACAAUCUGAACGCAAGAAUGACUGUCACCCAGACCACCACCGUCAUCAUCAAUACGAUGAUAACGAUAACAACAACCUCCUCCGUUCCGGCUGCCCCGACUCCCUCGAACGACCCCUCUGCAAAACACCCUUCCUCCACCGCCUACGACCUCCUCCAGGCUUUUGGAACUGGGUGUUGGGAAUCUCCAUUUGCCUGGGCAUUCCGCUUGUCGCGGGCCUCUCUUAUUACCUGUCGAACCGGCUCCACAAGGAAGAUGUCCCGACCAACGCCGAUCUUCUUACUGUGGCUGCGACGCCGCAGACAGCCCUGA